AUGGUGCUCGAAACCGCCUACUACGACGCCUUGGGCGUACCGCCUACAGCUACCGAGCUGGAAAUCAAGAAGGCAUACCGCAAACUUGCGAUCAAACUGCAUCCAGACAAGAACCCCGGCGAUGAAACCGCACACGCAAAGUUCCAGGAAAUUGGAGAAGCAUAUCAGGUGCUCAGCGACGACCAGCUGCGCGCAAACUACGACAAGUAUGGAAAGGAGGGUGCUGUACCUCAGAGUGGAUUCGAGGAUCCGUCUGAGUUCUUCACCAUGAUCUUUGGUGGAGAGGCUUUCUUGGACUGGAUUGGAGAAAUCUCUCUCAUGAAAGACCUCACCAAGACCAUGGAGAUCUCCAUGCGUGAGAUGGAGGAGCAAGAGGCCGCAGAGGCAGAGGCAGCACGAGCAGAAGCUGCCGCUGGUGGCUCUGCAUCCGCCGCUGCGGACCAGACGACCGGCACAACACCUGCAGCAGACGCCUCGGCUGCAACGGCUGGCGCUGAGCCCAGUGCUGGCGCCAAAGCGAAAGAGGCCGAAGCCGCAGCAGAGCGAGCCGCAGCUCAGCACGGUAGUGAUGCGCCGCCAGCAUAUGCUGCACCACCGCCAGCGUACGCUGAGCCCGUUGCCGACACAUCCUCGACCGUCCCACCUGCUGCUGCUGCUGCUGCUGCUGCCGGCACGUCGUCCGGUGCAAGCAUACCCAAGCAGCGCGGCAUUCCAAUCCGACCUGCGAUCAUGGACAGGACCGAGGAGGACGCACGUAUGGAGGCAGCCAACAUGACCGAUGCCGAGAAGGAGCUCAGGAACAAGGAGAAGAACAAGAAGGGCGGUCUCACAAAAGAGCAGCGCGAAGAGCUUGCUGCAUACGAGCUGGAGCGCAAGAAAAUCCGCGACGAGCGCGUUGCCAACCUUUCCAAGAAGCUCACCGAGCGCAUCUCACUGUGGACAGAGACCGACAAGGCCACCGACGUCACCAAAGCUUUCAAAGACAAGAUCGCCCUUGAGAUUGAGAACCUGAAAAUGGAGUCCUUCGGUCUUGAGAUUCUCCACGCAAUCGGCACAACAUACCUCAUGAAGGCCUCAUCCUUCCUCAAAUCGCAAAAGUUCCUCGGCAUUUCUGGCUUCUUCAGCCGCAUCAAGGACAAGGGCACACUCGUCAAGGACACAUGGAACACCAUGAGUGCAGCCAUCGAUGCUCAACUCACCAUGGAGGAAAUGGCCAAACUGGAAGAGCAGGGCGGCGAGGCCUGGACCGACGAGAAGAAGGCAGAAUACGAGAAGAAGGUCACAGGCAAGAUCCUCGCCGCGGCGUGGAGGGGCAGCAAGUUCGAGAUCCAGAGCGUGCUGAGAGACGUGUGCGACCAGGUGCUUAACGAUAAGAAGGUUAAGCUGGAGAAGCGCGUGGAGAGGGCACAUGCACUUGUCAUCAUUGGCGAGAUGUGCCAGAAGGCUGAGCGUGACCCAGAAGAAGAAGGCGACUUUAUGGCCUUUGAGCAGCUCAUGGCCGAGGCAGCCGCGAAGAAGGAAAGCAAGCAUGACAAACACCACCACGAAAAGAAGGACAAGAAGAAGGAGAAGGAGAAGGAGAAGGAGAAGGAGAAAGCAUAG